AUGGGGGAGUGGGGCAUCUCUGCCAGCCCUAGUUCUGCUGACUCUGAAGUGCCUGCUGAGAACUGUGAUUUUGGAAAGAAGGACCUGAGGAGUCCAGGAGGCCUGGCCUGUCUCUGGAGCAACCCUCAGGAGAGGAGUGGAGGGAAGUGUAUUGGUGGCAGCAAAGGGCACUACAGGUACCACUGGCAGAGCCACAAUGUCAAGCACAGUGGAGUGGAUGAUAUGGUCCUGCUCUCCAAAAUCACUGAGGAUUCCAUAGUGGAGAACCUAAAGAAACGAUACAUGGAUGAUUAUAUUUUUACAUAUAUUGGCUCUGUAUUAAUCUCUGUGAAUCCAUUCAAGCAAAUGCCAUAUUUUGGGGAAAAGGAAAUAGAAAUGUACCAAGGAGCAGCACAGUAUGAAAACCCACCACAUAUUUAUGCUCUUGCAGACAGCAUGUACAGAAACAUGAUUAUUGACAGAGAAAACCAGUGUGUCAUUAUUAGUGGGGAAAGUGGUGCUGGAAAGACUGUAGCUGCUAAAUAUAUCAUGAGUUAUGUCUCCAAAAUUUCAGGAGGUGGCCCAAAAGUACAGCAUGUUAAAGAUAUUAUUCUGCAGUCCAAUCCUUUACUGGAGGCCUUUGGGAAUGCAAAGACUGUACGGAACAACAACUCCAGCAGAUUUGGGAAAUACUUUGAAAUACAGUUUAGCCCAGGUGGAGAACCAGACGGAGGGAAAAUCUCCAACUUCCUACUGGAAAAAUCUCGAGUCGUAAUGAGGAAUCCUGGAGAGAGGAGUUUUCACAUUUUUUACCAGCUAAUUGAAGGGGCCUCCUCAGAACAAAAAAGCAGUCUUGGCAUUACCAGUAUGGACUACUAUUACUAUCUGAGUCUCUCUGGGUCCUACAAAGUCGAUGACAUCAAUGACAAAUCAGAUUUCCAAGAAACAUUGCAUGCAAUGAGUGUGAUUGGGAUCUUUGCAGAGGAACAGGCAUUGGUACUGCAGAUAGUGGCAGGAAUACUGCACUUGGGAAACAUCAGCUUCAAAGAAGUUGGCAACUACGCAGCAGUGGAGAGUGAGGAGUUUUUGGCUUUCCCUGCUUUUCUCCUGGGAAUUAACCAGGACCGCCUAAAGGAAAAACUGACCAGCAGACAAAUGGACAGCAAGUGGGGAGGCAAAUCUGAGUCCAUCAAUGUAACUCUCAAUGUGGAACAAGCCUGCUACACCAGGGAUGCACUGGCCAAGGCCCUUCAUUCCCGGGUUUUUGAUUACUUGGUGGAUUCUAUUAAUAAGGCUAUGGAGAAGGACCAUGAAGAAUAUAACAUUGGUGUCCUUGAUAUUUAUGGCUUUGAAAUAUUCCAGAAAAACGGGUUUGAACAGUUCUGCAUCAACUUCGUUAAUGAAAAACUGCAGCAGAUUUUUAUUGAACUGACACUGAAGGCAGAGCAGGAAGAAUAUGUGCAAGAAGGAAUUAGGUGGACACCAAUAGAAUACUUUAACAACAAAAUAGUGUGUGACCUUAUAGAGAACAAAGUGAAUCCCCCAGGGAUUAUGAGCAUUUUAGAUGAUGUGUGUGCCACAAUGCAUGCAGUGGGAGAAGGAGCUGAUCAAACUCUACUUCAGAAACUCCAGAUGCAGAUUGGAACUCAUGAACACUUCAACAGCUGGAACCAGGGAUUUAUCAUUCAUCAUUAUGCUGGAAAGGUAUCUUAUGAUAUGGAUGGAUUCUGCGAGAGAAAUCGGGAUGUUCUUUUCAUGGACUUGAUUGAACUCAUGCAGAGCAGUGAUUUGCCUUUUAUAAAGGCUCUGUUUCCUGAAAACCUUCAAGCAGACAAGAAGGGCCGUCCUACCACUGCAGGCAGCAAAAUCAAGAAACAAGCAAAUGACCUUGUUGGCACCCUGAUGAAAUGUACACCCCAUUACAUCCGAUGCAUCAAACCAAAUGAAACAAAGAAGUCUCGGGACUGGGAGGAGAGCAGGGUGAAACAUCAAGUGGAAUACUUGGGUCUGAAAGAAAAUAUUCGAGUAAGAAGAGCUGGCUAUGCCUACAGACGGGUGUUCCAGAAGUUUCUGCAGAGGUAUGCCAUUCUGACCAAAGCAACCUGGCCUGCUUGGAGAGGAGAAGAGAAACAAGGAGUCCUCCACCUCCUUCAGUCAGUCAACAUGGAUCCUGACCAAUACCAGCUUGGGAAAUCCAAAGUCUUCAUCAAAGCUCCAGAGUCUCUGUUUUUGUUAGAAGAGAUGAGAGAGAGAAAGUAUGAUGGGUAUGCCAGGGCCAUCCAGAAGGCAUGGAGGAAGUAUGCAGCCAGGAAAAAAUACGUACAGAUGAGAGAAGAAGCAUCAGAUCUAUUGCUGAACAAGAAAGAGAGGAGACGGAACAGCAUUAACAGGAAUUUUGUGGGAGAUUACAUAGGCAUGGAGGACCACCCAGAGCUUCGCCAGUUCGUGGGCAAGAGGGAGAAGAUUGAUUUUGCAGACACUGUGACCAAGUAUGACAGGCGGUUCAAGAGUGUGAAGCGAGAUCUGGUCCUCACCCCCAAGUGCAUAUACCUGAUUGGGCGUGAGAAGAUAAAGCAGGGUCCAGAGAAAGGCCAAGUGAAGGAAGUGUUAAAGAGAAGGAUGGAAGUGGAGAGAAUUCUUUCUGUUUCUCUAAGCACCAUGCAGGACGACAUGUUCAUUCUACAUGAACAGGAAUAUGAUAGUUUGCUCGAAUCAGUCUUCAAAACUGAGUUUUUAAGCCUCUUGUCAAAACGAUACGAAGAGAAAACACAAAGAAAACUACCUCUGAAAUUUAGCAAUACGUGA